CUUUGCUGGGCGAUCGUCACCAGCCCAGCAUCACCAGUUUACCGUCUGCUCCUUCCCGGAAUAAACUCUGAAUAUUUUUUCGGAGAGACGACUGCUGCAGAAACAGUCAGUGCAGAGAUGUCUCAGCUGUCGGUGCUGCUGCCUCUCACAGGCCUUUUCUUAUUGAUCUCAUCAACGUUUGGCUCAGAAUCAAGUGUGGCGUUGCCGGUGAGCUGUGUGACCCGUGGAACGGACCUGAUGGAGGACGGUCUGGUGGUGCUGUGUCCUCCUGACUGCACCCAGGGGAGGGUCUCUGUGUUCGGGACCUCCAUCUACGCCUCCAUCUCCUCUGUCUGCGGGGCCGCCGUCCACAGGGGGGUUCUGGGUCCGUCCGGCGGCUCCGUCCGGGUCAACAAGCUUCAUGGACGACAGAACUAUAUGAGCUCCUUCGCUCACGGCAUCCAAUCACAGGUCCUGUCCCGCUGGACCGCCUCCUUCAGCCUCACCAAGGCUGUUAGUGUCCCACUGGAGUUGACCAGUGAAACCAUUGCCACCGCUCUGCCUGUAGCUGCAAAGCCAGCAAAGAAACUGAAGAAGCCAUCAGUGAAGAAAGCUCUGAAAGGUGGAAAUAAAGACUGUCCGAUGGAUAUCGCCAUGGUGAUCGACAGCAGUAAAAACAUCGGGCAGCGGAGGUUCAACCUGCAGAAAAACUUAAUCAGCAAACUGGCGGCCAUGUUGAGAGUCGGACCAACAGGACCGCACGUAGGACUGAUCCAGGCCAGUGAUUCUCCGAGGACCGAGUUCUUAUUGACCAACUACACUCAGCCUAAAGAGCUGCUGUUUGCCAUCAAAGAGCUGGCUUACCUGGGAGGAGACACCAACACAGGUAAGGCCAUCAUGCACACAGCGGAGACGUUCUUCAGCCAGGAGAACGGGGCGCGGCGGGGUCACCCUCGGGUCAUGAUGGUGCUGGUGGACGGCUGGCCUUCAGAUGACCUGGAGCAGGCGGCUAUGUUGGCCAGAGAGUCCGGGAUCAACGUCUUCCUGGUGUCCGUGGCCAGACCCGCGGCCGAGGAGCUCGCCAUGGUGCGGGACAAGGACUUCAUGAAGAAGGCGGUGUGCAAAGACAACGGUUUCUUCAGUUAUUUGAUCACCAGCUGGUUCAGCACCACCAAACACGUGAAACCUCUCGCUCAGAAGCUCUGCUCGCUGGACAGCCUGCUCUGCAGUAAAACCUGCUACAACUCAGUGAACAUCGGGUUCCUUAUCGACGGUUCUUCCAGCGUCGGGCAUUCAAACUUCCAGCUCGUCCUGGACUUCCUGGAAGGAAUCGCCAGAAGCUUUGAAAUCUCAGACGUGGGAGCUCGCGUUGGUGCGGUGCAGUUCACCUACGAUCAGCGGCUGGAGUUCGGCCUGUUUGAUCACUCUGAUAAAAAUGAGACCAUGAAUGCCCUGCAGAGGAUCCCCUACAUGAGCGGAGGAACAGCCACUGGAGCCGCCAUCAGCUACACCACCCAGAACCUGUUCAGGCGGAUGGGACCAGGCCGUAACUUCCUCAUCGUGGUGACAGACGGCCAAUCGUAUGAUGACGUCAGGCUACCGGCGAUUGCGGCACAGGAACAAGGCAUUACCAUGUACUCAGUGGGCGUGGCCUGGGCGCCUCUUGAUGACCUCAAAUCGAUGUCGUCCGAGCCGAAGGACAGCCACACCUUUUUCACCCGAGAGUUCACCGGCCUGGCCGAGUUCAUUCCUCUGCUGGUCCGAGGCAUCUGUCGGGACUUUACAGAGAAUAACUAA